AUGGACCAGCUCGGGCUUCCUGAUGAUCAGCUCGAAAAGUUGAGACAGUUUGCUGAAAUCACUAAUAGCAAUGAUUACAAUGUGGCGAUUGGAACGCUCGCGUCGCUCGACUGGAAUGUCGAGCAGGCGAUCGAAACGCAUUUGAUGCAGGACCACGAGCAGGACGAUGAUCCGGAGAUUAUUGAGCCGACAUCGCAGCCGAAUGAGCCGAUGCCGAUUUUGAAUAAUGCUGCGCAAUCAUCGCGCGGGCGGCGCCGAAUGCGCACCGACGACGUCGAUAUUCAGGUGAAAAGAAUGCGGUUGGACGAUGAUAACACUGGCGAGAACAAUCAUCCGAUAUUUGCGCCGUUUGGUCCGAGAACGUCGCAAUCGCGCUUUGGAAAUAACGCAAACUCGGGACCAUCGCGAGCUGGGCCAUCUGUGUCGAACGGCAAUGAGCAUAAUCGCGACGAUAGCGAUGAAGAUUACAUGCAAGUUGAUUAUGACGAAGACGUUUAUAGGCAUAUUCAAAAUGAUGUUGUGGCGAGCCGCCGCAAUGGUUCUGUUCCACUCAUCCCAGAGAAUUGCGAAGACGUUCGCGAGGCUCUUCAGCAUUUUGUCACGGUGUUCCAGAGCCGAUUCUGCUCGACACCGGCGAGCUCGGCGUUCAUGCCUCAAUUUUUCACGGAGCCACUUGAGACGGCUAUUAGACAAGCAUUUGAUAAUAGCGAGUGCUCAAUGAGACGUCCAUUGGCAAUUUAUAUUCAUAAUGAGAAGAGUAUAGCUUCGAAUAUUUUCCCCACACAAGUUUUGUGCACUGAAGCGAUCUCAUCGCUUCUUCGCCAUCAAUAUAUUUUCUGGCCUUGGGAUAUCACUUCUGAUUCCAACUUUAUGAAGCUGCUCGAAUGGCUCCAGAUUUUGAACAUUUCCGAUGUUCGCCAAACACUUCAGCGUCUCAGCAUGUCGAGCCACGAAUCGUUUCCGUUGAUUGCGAUUAUUGUCCGCGACAAAUCUACAUUCAGAUUGUCCAACAUUUGCAAAGGAGUUGAAACCGCUGAUGCUGUGGUUGAGAAGCUUAUGGCUGGAAUUGAAGAGUAUGACUCGAUUCGUGUUCGUGAGAUGAAGGAGAAGCGUGAGCGCGAGGAGCGCGAGAAGAUACGAAACGAACAGGAGGCUGAGUAUCAAGCUUCUCUUGCCGCCGACCGUGCUCGCAUGGAGGCGAGACGUCGUGAGAUCGAGGAUCAGAAGGCUGAGGAAGAGCGACGCGCUCGCGCCGAAGAGGAGGAGAACAUGCGAAGGCAAACAUUGGCGAGCAUGUUGCCGUCGGAGCCGGCUGCCAAUGAGCAGAAUAUCGUUCAUAUCAAAUUUAGACUUCCGGAGGGAGCUCAGGAAUUGCGUCGUUUCCGCUCGAAUGAGACCAUUCAGGUCCUUAUCAAUUAUCUGUCGUCGAAAGGAUACGCGCCGGAAACUCACAAAUAUUUCAAUUCGGAUUUUCCGAAGAAGGAGAUCACUACAACAUUCGAUUUGUCGAAAUCGUUCCGAGAUGCGAAAUGGCCGCUCCGUGAGCAGGUUUUCGUUGAGGAGAUCUGA